ACACACACACACACACACACACACACACACACACACACACAGAGGCUGACGGGCCGUGAUGCUGCGCUGUUUGGGGAUAAAUGACUUCAGCUGGUGUGGUGGGGCUUCAAAGCAUGGGCAGGCUGCGGACAGAGAGCAGGGAGCUCCCUCUCACACACACACUCUCUGUGCAUGCACAACAGGCUGAACACUUGACUCUUUACAUCAGGCUACUUUUCUACAGACUGGAAGAUUGAGAAGCUAAUAGGUUUAAAGAUUUAAAAAAAAUGUAGUAUUUCCAUUCAGUUUGGAUGAACACACUUGAAGUGGGAUCUCAGAAACAGCAUUAAAUAUUUUGGAUAAAGGCUGCUAUCUUUUUGAUGAACCAAGGACAUGGGCAGCAGGCUCCCCAUCAUGGAUUUUACAUUGGAGGGGAUUAACCCGGCGACUCCAAGAGCUGUGUUACUGGCAUGUGUGACUCUGUUGUUCUCCCUCCACCUGUGGCGCUGGCUCCGGCAGCGGUUGCUCCCCUGCCUGCCCGGUCCGCUUGCCUGGCCGGUCGUCGGGAACGCUCCGCAACUUGGCAACGCCCCGCACCUGUAUUUUACACGCAUGGCCAAAAAGUAUGGCAACGUCUUCCAGGUAAAACUGGGCUUUCGGACCGUGGUGGUGCUGAAUGGGGACUCCAUCAAACAGGCGCUGGUCAAGCAGGGCUCCGAGUUUGCCGGCAGACCGGACUUCACCUCCUUCCAGUACAUCUCCGAGGGCGCGAGCCUCGCGUUUGGCACCAUGACGGACCUGUGGAAGAUGCACCGCAGAGUGGCUCAGUCCACUGUCCGGAUGUUUUCAACCGGGAACCCGCACACCAAAAAGACAUUCGAGCACCACAUUAUCUGCGAGUUCAGAGAGCUGCUGAAGCUGUUUGUGGAGAAAACCAAGGAGCAGCAAUACUUUCAGCCCAUGACAUAUCUCGUGGUAUCCACUGCCAACAUAAUGAGCGCGGUGUGCUUUGGGAACAGGUACUCCCAUGAGGACGAGGAGUUUCGGCAGGUGGUGGGCAGGAAUGAUCAGUUCACCCAGACAGUGGGAGCAGGGAGCAUAGUGGAUGUGAUGCCUUGGCUUCAGUACUUCCCCAACCCUGUCAAAACCAUUUUUGAAAACUUCAAGAGGCUCAACGUGGAGUUUAGCACGUUUGUUCAAGAUAAAGUUAUCCAACACAGAAAAACAAUCCAGUCAAACACCAUCAGAGACAUGACAGAUGCUUUUAUAGUGGCGAUGGACAAACUAAGAGUUAAAUCAGCGCUCUCAGCAGGGAAGGACUAUGUGCCUCCCACUAUGGGGGACAUCUUUGGAGCCAGUCAAGACACUCUGUCAACUGCCCUGCAGUGGAUCAUCCUCAUACUUGUCAAGUAUCCUGAGAUGCAGAUGCGUCUCCAGCAGGAGGUGGACAGAGUGGUAGACCGCGGCCGACUGCCUUCUAUUGAGGACCAGCUGCAGCUGCCUUACAUCAUGGCCUUCAUCUAUGAGGUGAUGCGCUACACCAGCUUUGUCCCGCUCACCAUCCCCCACUCCACCACCACAGACACCUCCCUCAAUGGCUACCCCAUACCAAAGGACACGGUCGUCUUCGUCAACCAGUGGUCCAUCAACCAUGACCCGGCCCUGUGGUCCCACCCGGAGGUCUUUGACCCCCAGCGUUUCCUGGAUCAGAACGGAGAGUUGAACAAGGACCUGACGAGCACCGUGCUCAUCUUCUCCAUGGGCAAGCGGCGGUGCAUCGGCGAGGAGCUGUCCAAGCUGCAGCUGUUCCUCUUCAUGGCCUUGAUCGCACACCAGUGCAACAUCACUGUGGACCCAUCCAGGCCAGUCAAGCUGGACUUCAACUAUGGUUUGACUCUGAAACCGCAUGCUUAUUCCAUAGCAGUGACUCUGCGGGAAGAUAUGAAGCUGCUGGAUGCAGCUGCCAGGCAGGCCGUCCCUGAGGAGGUCAAGGAAGAGCCCUCAUUGGACACAUAAAUAGAGACACUAAAUCAAAACUGUAACAAUCAAAAAGCAAAAUGAAGGCUGAAACACAAAAGACUUAUGAACUAUAGCUCAUGUUUGUGUUCUGAAAACUAUAUUUAUAAGCUGAAAUCUCAGGCUAAAAUCUAAACACUGAUCACUGACUCAUUUUUAAGUAUUAUAGUGCAGGGAGGGAACAGAUGUGGCAUUUGUUUCACAGGAGACACGGCAGGACUCCAGGCAGGAGUUACAGAAGCCUGAAAAGCUGCUGUAACACACCCUUGUGAUUUUAGUGUGAAUGCUGUUGCUGCAAGAACUGGUUAAAAGGUAGAAACCAUCAAGCUCACAUCGACAUCAGUGUUGUCAUGUUUUCUAUAACAUUUUUGUUGUCAGAUUUUAAAACAAAUAUCUCCAGAAUGGUCAGCUUUUCAGGAAUCCUUUUAAUUUGGCUCCAAUUUAAAUGUUUUUCUUCUAUAUAAGGGUUUCAAACUCUUUUUAAUGAGAUGUGAAACGUCUCACAACAUACAAAAUGUGCGAUAUUUUGAGGUAAACAAUCAAAAGUGGAGAUUUUUAUGUGACAAAAGUAAUGUGCCACCUAAGGUCAGACUCGUGACCAAUGCAGUGAUUCUGCGUGAACAGGCGAAUAAGCUCAUGGAGUGCAUUGGCCCUUUAGCCUUAUGUCUACUAAAAUAAAAUGUUCAGUACCAAUGUA